AUGCCCAAAACAGAUGCGAAGAAAAAGGAGCCUUCUUCCAGCAAAGUGUCACUCUCAGAACGACAGACGGAAGGAGCAUCCCUGGUUUCCAUUUCCUCCGAGAAUUUGGGAGGUGAAGAGAGAUCCAGGUUCUCCGUCUGGCCUGAGUGGAAUGAUGCACAGAUCGACAAGGAGAAGUGGGACUCCAAGAAAGGAGCUGGCCAGAAAAAGACGCCUCGAUUUUUUGAAGAUCCUGAAGGUCAGAUUUCGCUGCCUUCAUCUCUAAAAGUGCACUCCUGGAAGCGUCCAGCAGACUAUAUUGUUGACAAGGAUCUCACUGUUGUUGAAAAUCAAAUAUCCUUUGAUCUGGUGUCUCCCAACAAGCACCUGAUUUGCAGUGAGCUGAUGCGAUGGCUCAUAAGUGAGAUCCAUAUUGUCUGGAUGCUUUCUAACCAUGGAUCUUCAGCUCAAGAUGGCUGGAAACCUUGGGAACACAUCUACUCUCUGUGUAAAGUGGUGGAAGGCCAUGUGCCACUUUACAAUAGCUUUGGAAAAUAUGUGGUCAAACUUUACUGGAUGGGUUGCUGGAGGAAAAUAACGGUGGAUGACUUGAUGCCAUUUGAUAAAGAGGACAACCUGCUCCUCCCUGCCUCCCCCUGCCAGUCAGAGCUGUGGCCCAUGCUGCUGGCUAAAGCUCUGAUUAAGGUUGCCAAUGCAAAUGGCGUGUCAGAAGUCUGUGAGGAGAUGAGCGAGUUCACCUUCAUCCAUGCGCUUACCAGCUGGAUCCCAGAAAUCACUCCAAUAAAGUCGGUAUACUCCAAGAGAAUGUGGAAUUUCUUACGAGACACCAUUCCUGAGUUCUCCCAUUCGGAUGAGGAUUCGCCAGAGACGAAGCCUGAGACUGCAAACUCAGCGGAGGGGAGAGAUUCCACCCUGAGUGACGAUCAGAGUCCGCUGCAGCAACCAGAGAAAAAUAGAGGUGGCCCAGAGGUAGCGGUGUGUGCCAGCUAUCACUGUUUUCCACAGCAUAAGAAUUCCUCCGGGUUUGGCCGAAUGGCUAAUUCCUCAGAAAAUCUCCGUCGGUAUGGUCUCUCCUUGCUGCACAGCCAUGUCGUCCUGUUGACUAGAACUCGCUCGUGCCAGCUGCAGGCUCCACCUCAACCUCCGCCUGUGCCCCAGUGGCAACUCAUCCGUCAGCAGAAAAAGAAAGUGGUCACUUCUGAACCUCAGAAGAUCCCUUUGACAAAGCCAGAGGAGUUCAUUGAGGUUGCCAGCCCGUUUCUCUUCGACUGUUUCAAGAGCAACAGCAACUCAAUCACAGAGAUAGAGGCCAAGCAGAACGCUCAGAGGAAGAGCUCUGCCACAUCCACUUUGGUGUCCAUUACUGAGAAAGAAGAGGCUGAAUGCGAAGAGGGCCUUGAACCCGAUAAAGUCGAACACACCACUGAAUCACCGAACACCAGUGAAAAGACUGAGGUUAUUGCAGAGGACAAGAAGAAGGACAGCGAUGACAUCUCCAAUGGUAAAAGCUGUGUCUUUCUGAUGCUGCUCCUAAUUCAUGCUGAACAAGGUCUGAGCCAUCUUAUACACAAGACCGAUUACCCAAGGCCAGAUAUUAUACUACCAAAUUAUGGGCGCAAAAGUGAAAUGAACGACAGUUGUACUGAGGAGUCCUCACAUGUUGCCAAACCCAUUCUGCAGAAGACGUGGAUUGACCUGGACGACUUUGCGAAAUGCUUUCAGACUCUUUUAGUAUUCCAUAAACCACAGACGUACCAGCAUCACAUCAAGAAAUUACAUUUUAAGAGCACCGUGCUGUCUGAAACUACAGAAAGUGUCAGCUCCACUGCAUCGCUGUCUGCUCUCACCACUGGAUCUCCUGCUGUGGCAAGCCCCGAAUGUGUAGAGGUGAGAGGUACUUACUAUUUGUGUGUGGAUGGCCUGCAACCUUCCCGGAUCCUCGUCAGCUUCUCCAGCCUGAUCUCUGGUCCACCAGAGGAAAAGAAAAUGCCAGCAGCCCCGAGGUCUGCAGUUCUUCACGUUGUGCCGCACUCCUGGACAGAUCUGCAGUAUAAUCUGCCACUUCUCACCAUCACGACCACCUCCUCAAAGGCAGCUGUGCUCAGCUUCCCCUCAGGGCGGCAUGUGAUGCGCGUUCCCAUCAACGCUGCUCAAGGCUACAGUGUCCACCUGUGCAGCAAGACACCCUUCAUCUUUGGAGAGGAAGACGUCGUCAUGCCACACCUCGCAAAGGAAAGUGUUCGCUUCAAAGAGCAAGCCUCAUCUAUCUUUGGCGCUCUGUCCAGACUAGUAGCAUCGUUUGGUGAUGAACAGAACCAGCCUGCACUCAGAGAGACCUUGAACGAGGCUCACCGGCCCCAAAACAUCAGCGCCACUCUGGAAAAAUGGGAGCACAAGAAGGUGUUUAACUCAGCAGUUUACCACAUGAUCUGUAAGGCUGUGGGCCGGAAGCUGACAGCAGAGGAGCAGCUCGCUGUUCAGGCACUCAAUGCUGAUCCGUCACUUUUGGCCACCGACAUCAAUGAAGACCUUGCCACAUUGGAUGCAGAUUCAAAACCCCCAGAAAUCUGGAGCGAGAAGCCUCCUACAGACAGAGAGGUCAAAGCAGUCACCACUCUGCAGGCUGGACUGAAAGGCCACUUGGUGCGAAAGGUCCUCAAUGCCUCAAAACCUGGAACGAAGGAGAACCUUUCUGCAGCCGAGCUUCUCUCAGACCUGUGGCUGAAGAUGGAAUCAGACGCAGACAGCCUCGCUGCCUUCCUGCUGCGGUAUAUCAUUGACAAUUCGGAGGGGAAAGCAGAGCUCUACCCUUGUCAGCAGGACCAAUCGACCAGAAUCACCUUUACUGAAUACUCCGUCUCGCUUCCAGACGCAGGCAGCAGCUGGAUAUUGGUGUUUAGAGAGGUGUUUGUGGCUCCUGAGGAGAGGAAGGUGGUACCAAAGGUCUCCUCCCCAAUCAGAAACUGUCUUUUACACGUCCUGAACAACGACACAGGGGAGGAGAUUGACACGGUCCUUAAUAAAGUCACACCACAUGUUUAUAAGCCAAAUAAGCUUGGUUAUACUUUUGUAGCAGAGCUUUUCACACCUGAAUGUUUCCCUGCUGGUGCCAAAUGGAAGAUGUGCUUGAUUGGCUGCAAGGAACCGCUUUUAAAACCCACACAUGAGACUCCGCUCAACACGUUCUCAGCCAAGCAAUUCCAGGAUUACUAUAUUCCAAAUGACAAAGAUCUCAUAUGUCGGUACUGUGUGCAGGUGACAGCUGACAUCCUUGCAACAAUUCAGUUCCAAACAUCGAAGCCAGAUGUAUUAGUGCGCCUGUCCGUUUUGGACCAGGAGAUGGAAGUGGCCAGCAAAACUGGAAAGCACCAUGUGAUGAUUCCUGUCUUCUUCUUCUUGGCAAACAAAGAAUCCAGUGGCACAGAUAAAGAAAAGCAGAAGGGGUCCCCCACCCAUGUGACUCCUCAGCAGAGUGAGGGAAAGGGCAGCGCAUUCAGAAACUCGGACUCGUCGUCUGAACGGCGCCAGCCUCCCACGGAGACGACGGUAUCACUGACAACUGUCUGCGUGGUUCACAGGUAUGUUGUGCAGGCUGAGGUUCUUCACAAGAGCUGGAACCUGGAUGAAUCUCAGCUCGCUUUUGCCAACGCGCUCAAGGACCUGGAGAAGGAUGAGCUGAGAGAUGAAGAGUUGAAGAAGUCACCUCCCGGUAAAACUCAGAGCCAUUCUGGGUUCAGAGACGAUUCCUCUGACGCAAUAAACAAAGGCAGCAGGAAGAAGAGGCCUGCUGCUGGGUCCAAAUCUGGCUCCACACAGAGUUUUGACCUGACAAAGCCCAACUGGACGCUGCGUGUUGUCAUUGAUAAGAGCGAAGAAAAGAGCAUGGAGGUGAAGGUGGACACAGAAAGAGAGGACCAGAUUAAAGCCAUGAAGAAGGCUUGGGAGCUGGCCGAACCAGGACGCUCUGCCAAGGCUUCAGAGUUUCGUCUAAAGUUUCUCAACCAGCACAGAAAAAACGACGACGCUCCCACGGAGGAAAGCAAAGAGCCUGAUACUCCCAGAUCUGGUGUGGAUGGUUCUUCCUGUCCAUCCAGUCAGACGCUGAAUGAAACCCCCUGCUUCUGUCCCAACACGGACUUCAGUCAAUACACCAGACGCCAGAAGGAUUCUCCCGAGCUGAUGGACACUCAGAGAGAAGAGGCGCAGCAGAGGGAACGUCGAGAAAAGAUCCAAGCCUUCCGUUUGGUCCGCGACAAUCUGCUGGAACAACAUAAACAGCUGCUGUCGCUCAAGGAAGACCUGAUGAACCGUCAGCUGCAGAUGUAUGAAAACAUGCAGGCAGACUUGUGGCAGCGCUCUGAGAAGUUAUCUGAUGCCUGCAACAAACUUUGUAGCCAUCAGGAGGGCGCAAUAAAAAUGGAGCCAGAGGAAGAACUAACUCUGGAGGUGGCCCAGCCGACAGUUCUGGAGAAAAACACUCCGACUUCUGCUGCCACUCAGCAGCCCAACAAAGGUGCCAAAAAAACUGGCAAGAAGAAGUGACAUUUGCAUCGAGUCUCAGCAGACAAGACACACAACUCUCCAAAAGUCUGUCUGAACUCUGAAAUGUUCAUAAACGUUUGUUCCAAUUUAAAAUGUUUCACUUUGCAUUUGCAUUAUCAAACGGUUUUAUUAAAUGUUCAGACUGCAUCCCUCACCGUGUUUGGGAAUACUGUUACAUUUCUGCUUUUUGUCUUGCAUCUAAAGUGAG